AUGAAGAAUAUUUCUAUGUUUCUUUUGCAAAUCCAGUUCCUGCUUGGGGUAGCCAGCUCUCUGGUUAUACAUUCCAUGCCAUGGAGGGUGCCCUGUCCUCACCAGUGUGUCUGCCAAAUAAAGCCAUGGUACUCCCCACAGUCUGUGUACAAGGAGGCACCCACAGUGGACUGCAAUGACCUGCUACUCACCAAGCUGCCUGCCUCUCUUCCUCCAGAAACACAGACCCUUAGAUUGCAAAGCAACCUCAUCAGCUCCUUGGACCAGAGUGAACUCCAGGGUCUCGUCAAUUUAACUGAACUGGAUCUCUCCCAGAACAGUUUCAGUAGCACCCGCCAUCUGAGGAUUACUGACCUGCCAGCUCUUCUCAGCCUACACAUGGAAGAGAACCAACUUCGACACCUCCCCGAUGCAGCCUUCUCUGGCUUAUCUGGCCUGCAGGAACUGUACCUUAACCACAACCGGCUGAGGAGCAUCUCCCCUGGAGCCUUUAAAGGUCUGGAUAAACUUCUAAGGCUCCACCUUAAUUCAAACCGGCUGGUGGUAAUCGACAGACGCUGGUUCCAUGCUUUGCCACAGCUUGAGGUUCUCAUGAUUGGAGGGAACCCAGUGGAUUCUAUCCAGGAUCUCAACUUUAAACCUCUUGGCUCCUUGCGCAGUCUUGUCUUGGCAGGCAUGGGUUUACGUGAGAUUUCAGAGCGAGCCUUGGAGGGGCUUUUUAACCUGGAAAGUAUAUCCUUCUAUGACAACCGCCUCACCAAAGUUCCAAAAGAGGCACUGCAGAAACUGCCAGGCCUGAAGUUCCUUGACCUAAAUAAGAAUCCUAUCCAGCUGGUACAGAGAGGAGACUUCAAAGAUAUGCUUCAUCUUAAAGAGCUGGGUCUAAACAACAUGGAUGAGUUGGUUGCCAUUGAGCAUUCUGCAAUAGACAACCUGCCAGAGCUGACAAAACUGGAGAUCACAAAUAAUCCACGACUGUCCUACAUACACCCUCAGGCAUUUCAGAGGCUGUCCAGCAUGGAAAGUCUGAUGCUAAACAGUAAUGCCUUGAGUGCCCUCCAUCGUCAGACAGUGCGGUCGCUGCCUAACCUUCAGGAGAUCAGUUUGCACACCAACCCCAUCCGUUGUGACUGCCUCAUUCGCUGGGUAGGAGCAGACAAUGACAAGCCAGUCCGUUUCAUUGAACCUCAGUCUACAUUUUGUUCGGAGCCCCCUGAGCUGAAAGCUAGGAGAGUGAAAGAGGUCUCAUUUAGGGAAAUGGCAGACAGCUGCCUACCCCUGAUUGCCCCAAGCAUGUUCCCCUCUUACAUCCAAGUCAAACAUGGGGAAAAUAUAGCCCUGCACUGCCGAGCUCUGGCUGAGCCAGAACCAAGCAUCUAUUGGGUUAUUCCAAAGGGUAUGAGACUGUCUCCCUCUAUAAGUUAUGGGCGUUACCGGGUUCUAACAGAAGGCACUUUGGAGAUCUCUGGAGUCACUCCAGAAGAGGCUGGCUUUUAUACUUGCGUCGCACAGAACCUUGUGGGUGCUGACACUCGGAGCUUGACGUUAAAAGUUGAAGGAGCAGGGAGAGCUUAUAAAGCAAGCAUGCAAAAGAGUGAAGACAAUCUUGAGGUCAGGGAUAUCAGUGAACGCUAUGCCUUGCUGUCUUGGCAAGCUGGCCGUAAUGUCCCCGCUGCCCAUCUCUCGUGGCUGGCUAAUGGCAGUCUGGAAGAUCACCACAGGCAUAGUACACGUAUUCUUGCUGGCACCCAGGGCUUUAAUCUCACUCGUCUUCAACCAGGAACUCAUUACAAAGUUUGUCUGCACAUGGGCCCCAAUGAAACUUCAUGUAUCCACCUGAGGACUAAAGAGGCUCCAGUAGUGACUUCCUCCCCAGAUUUGACCCCAGCUGUUCUCCUUGCUGUGUCAGCUCUACUCCUUCUGUUAGCGGCCAGAACUUGUCAGAGCAGUGCAUCACUCAGCUGGAAAGAUCAAAUGAUGGAAUUUGAGAAACCCCACACCACCAUCUUAUCUGAUGAGGCAAAAGGUUUUAUGGUUCCACCACCAUAUCUGAAACAGGUGUGUCAGCCUUCCCCAUCUAAGUUCUCAUCAGAAGAAAGUGGUAAAGAGAUCAGUUAUCCUCAUCUGGGGCAAUAUGGUAAGGAGCCACCAAAGGAGGUAUGCUGAGCACAGUAAAACAGGACAUGAAAGACAUGGAGCAACACAACAAGCA